GACUGAUGAGACGAAUUUUAAAAUUUUAAUUUUUUCGAAAAUGAAUGACUGGUUGCAUUGUAAUAAAUGUUCCACAAAGUUUCAGCCUCCUAUGAAGUUAUUUUUGUCAGAAUGCGGUCACAUAUUUUGUGAAAAAUGUGGAGAAAAUAUAAAAGAGUCCAAAUGCCUUAUAUGUGAUAAAACAUCCAAUUUCAUUCCUAUAUCUAAAGAUAUGGACAUAAGUGUACAACAAUUUUUCAUUCCUCUCGAUCUGCAAAUUAAAAAAUUGUCAGAGGUGUACAAUUUUCAAAUGCAACACAGAAUGAGAAUGUUUCAAACUUUAGCUCAAAAGUAUGCCUUUGCUAAAAAAGAAUGUAUCAAUGUCCACAAUAAAAAUAAAAAUUUAUUGAGGGAGAACAGAACGUUGAAGAAUAUGUUGAUGUCUGCCACUCGAAAUAAUAACCUGCCAUUCCUAACAAGUACUCCGGCUUUAACCAACGAUACUUCUCAAAUGGAUGAUAUGUCAGUUGUAUCUUCAAUACCGCCAUUUACCCCAAGUGUGUCAUCUAGACCUGGUCACUUACAGAGAAUUCAAAACAAUGAUAGCAACAUUAGAGCUUCACAUUAUCCUCCGGUGAGUACCUAUAAUAAUUGAACUCUAGUAACAGAU